UCGCUGGUAAAAGCCACACAUGUAGGAGUUUAUUAAAAUCAUGCAUAUGACUAAACCUAAAAAUCUGCAUCUUUAUUUCUGUUGCAGUUUUGUAAUCAACAACGAAUGAUGAAAGCUUCCAUAGCUGAGACGCUUCACAGAGGGAGGAUGUUGUGGAUAAUUCUUCUAAGCACAGUUGCUCUAGGAUGGACUACCCCGAUUCCCCUGAUAGAGGACUCAGAGGAAAUAGAUGAGCCCUGUUUCGAUCCAUGCUACUGUGAAGUUAAAGAAAGCCUCUUUCAUAUACAUUGUGACAGUAAAGGAUUUACAAAUAUUAGUCAGAUUACAGAGUUCUGGUCAAGACCUUUUAAACUGUAUCUGCAAAGGAAUUCAAUGAGGAAAUUGUAUACCAACAGUUUUCUCCAUUUGAAUAAUGCUGUGUCCAUCAACCUUGGGAACAAUGCAUUGCAGGACAUUCAAACAGGAGCUUUCAAUGGCCUAAAGAUGUUAAAGAGGCUGUAUCUACAUGAGAACAAGCUAGAUGUCUUCAGAAAUGAUACCUUUCUAGGCUUGGAAAGCCUGGAAUAUCUGCAGGCAGAUUACAAUGUCAUUAAACGUAUUGAGAGUGGAGCAUUUCGGAACCUAAGUAAAUUGAGGGUUCUGAUUUUAAACGAUAAUCUCAUCCCCAUGCUUCCAACCAAUUUAUUUAAGGCUGUCUCUUUAACCCAUUUGGACCUACGUGGAAACAGGUUAAAGGUUCUUUUUUACCGAGGAAUGCUAGACCACAUUGGCAGAAGCCUGAUGGAGCUCCAGCUGGAAGAAAAUCCCUGGAACUGUACAUGUGAGAUUGUACAAUUGAAGAGUUGGCUGGAACGCAUUCCUUACACGGCCCUGGUAGGAGACAUCACUUGUGAGACCCCUUUUCAUUUCCAUGGAAAGGACCUCCGGGAAAUCAGGAAGACAGAACUCUGUCCCUUGUUGUCUGACUCUGAGGUGGAGGCUAGUUUGGGGAUCCCCCACUUGUCAUCAAGCAAGGAGAAUGCAUGGCCAACGAAGCCUUCAUCAAUGUUGUCCUCAGUCCAUUUUACUGCUUCUUCUGUUGAAUAUAAGUCCUCAAAUAAACAGCCUAAACCCACCAAACAGCCCCGAACACCAAGGCCACCCUCCACAUCCCAAGCUUUAUAUCCUGGUCCAAACCAGCCCCCCAUUGCUCCUUACCAGACCAGACCACCCAUUCCCAUUAUAUGCCCUACUGGGUGCACCUGUAAUUUGCACAUCAAUGACCUUGGCUUGACAGUCAACUGCAAAGAACGGGGAUUUAAUAACAUUUCUGAACUUCUUCCAAGGCCAUUGAAUGCCAAGAAACUGUACCUGAGUAGCAAUCUGAUUCAGAAAAUAUACCGUUCUGAUUUUUGGAAUUUCUCUUCUUUGGAUCUCCUGCAUCUGGGGAACAAUCGUAUUUCUUAUGUCCAAGAUGGGGCCUUCAUCAACCUGCCCAACCUGAAAAGCCUCUUUCUCAAUGGCAACGAUAUUGAGAAGCUGACACCAGGCAUGUUCCGAGGCCUACAGAGUUUGCACUACCUGUAUUUUGAGUUCAAUAUCAUCCGAGAAAUUCAGCCUGCAGCCUUCAGCCUCAUGCCCAACUUGAAGCUGCUAUUCCUCAACAACAACUUGCUGAGGACCCUGCCAACAGACGCUUUUGCGGGCACAUCCUUGGCCCGGCUUAACUUGCGGAAGAACUACUUCCUCUACCUUCCUGUGGCUGGUGUCCUGGAGCACUUGAAUGCCAUUGUCCAGAUAGACCUCAAUGAGAAUCCUUGGGAUUGCACCUGUGACCUGGUCCCCUUCAAGCAGUGGAUUGAAACCAUCAGCUCAGUCAGUGUGGUGGGUGAUGUACUUUGUGGGAGCCCUGAGAACCUCACCCACCGUGAUGUGCGCACCAUUGAGUUGGAAGUUCUCUGCCCAGAGAUGCUGCAUGCUGCACCAGCUGGAGCAUCCCCAGCCCAGCCUGCAGAUUCUCACCUUGCUGGGGGACCAACAAGUGCAUCACCUUAUGAGUUCUCUCCCUCUGGGGGCCCAGUGCCACUUUCUGUGUUGAUUCUCAGCUUGCUGGUUCUGUUCUUUUCAGCAGUCUUUGUUGCUGCGGGCCUUUUUGCCUAUGUGCUACGACGCCGCCGGAAGAAGCUGCCCUUUAGAAGCAAGCGGCAGGAAGGUGUGGACCUAACUGGAAUCCAGAUGCAAUGCCACCGGCUUUUUGAGGAUGGUGGAGGUGGUGGGGGUGGAAGUGGAAGUGGGGUUCGACCAACUCUUUCAUCUCCAGAGAAGGCCCCUACUGUGGGUCAUGUGUAUGAGUACAUCCCCCACCCGGUGACCCAGAUGUGCAACAACCCCAUCUAUAAGCCUCGUGAGGAGGAGGAGGUAGUCAUUUCAUCAGUACAAGAACCAGGGGGUGCAGAACGUGGGGGUCCUGGGACACAACCACCAGGGAUGGGUGAGGUUCUCCUAGGAAGUGAGCAGUUUGCUGAGACACCCAAGGAGAACCACAGCAACUACCGGACCUUGCUGGAAAAGGAGAAAGAGUGGACCCUGGCAAUGUCCGGCUCCCAGCUCAACACCAUAGUGACAGUGAACCACCAUCACCCUCACCCUCAUCCUCACCACCCAGGAGGUGGUGGGGUUUCAGGGGUAGUUGCGGGAAGUGGGGGAGACUUUGCUGGGUUCCGCCAUCAUGAGAAGAACGGUGGCGUGGUGCUGUUUCCUCCUGGGGGAGGCUUUGGUGGUAGCAGUAUGCUACUAGACCGAGAAAGGCCGCAACCAGCCCCCUGCACAGUGGGAUUUGUGGACUGUCUCUAUGGCACAGUGCCCAAAUUAAAGGAACUGCACGUCCACCCUCCUGGCAUGCAAUACCCAGACUUACAGCAGGACGCCAGGCUCAAAGAAACCCUUCUCUUCUCUGCUGGAAAGGGCUUCACAGACCAACAAACCCAAAAAAGUGAUUACCUCGAGUUAAGGGCCAAACUUCAAACCAAGCCGGAUUACCUCGAAGUCCUGGAAAAGACAACAUAUAGGUUCUAACAGAGAAGUAAAGUAAAUUAGCGCUUUUUUUUUUUUUUCCAAAAGAAAAGGAAAACAAGAGAUAUAUCCCAUUGUCCCUUUAAGCUUGUCCUAGUAACUCCUUCCUCAUAAUCUUCCCUGCCCUGAAGAGAACUGAAACCGCAUGAUUCUAGAGAAUACAGAUGUAUGCCCUCCCCCUCUCAAAUGUGAUUUGGAGGAAGGGCCAUACUCAGAUCAUUAAUCAAUGAAGUGCCUUCGCAGACUUUUGCCAGCAAAUGUUAUCGUUAUUUUUUAUACUGAAACUUGAGACUUUGACUGUGCCAUGUAUAAGGUAUAUUAAGGAUCAUUGUAUUGAUCCUAAUUAAGUAAAAUUCAAUGUGUCUU